AUGCCCAUGUACCUGACCCUGGUGCUCUUUGGCGCCCUGGCCCUCCCUGUUUCGAGCACAAUCGUGCAGGUGGAGCGCAACGGAACAUCUUUGUCUCGUUCCUUUCGGGAUCCCGGGAGUCUGCUGGAGGCGCACUCCAGCGCUGCGGCCCCAUCGGAAUAUGCCGGCCUCAGCGUCUUCAUCGCCGGGGCCACCUUUGGGGUCCUGACCUGUGCUAUCGUCUUUGCUUUCCUGGUGGGCUGCCAAGUCCUCCGUGUCGUCGAACCAGGAAGUGCCGUCGCAGAGUCCUGCCAGGAGCCUCCUCCAGCUUCGCAAAUCGUCUGCGACACACCGCAGAUCGAGUCGCUACAUCUUUUUUGGCCGCGCUUUCGGUGGCUGGCGGCGAUGAUGAUCUUCCAGAGUGUAGCCAGCUUCAUCCUCGCUCACUUUCAACACCUCGUUGAGAGUCAUGCGGACCUCAUCAUCUUCUUGACCAUGCUUGUUGGUCUCGGAGGCAACACCGGAGGUCAGAGCGUCGUCCUAACCUGCCGGAAACUGGCGUUGGGCGAGGAUGUGGCGAUCAGGCAUCAGCUGAUUACCGGCCUGCUCUUGGGACUCUCCCUGGCCCCUCUCGCCUUCGCCCGCGCGCUGCUGGUGAAGUCGGAGUUUGGAGUUUGCCUGACCCUGGCGGGUGCCACCUUCCUCAUCGCUACGCUGGCGGCGGGGAUUGGCACUGUGCUGCCCAAGCUGUUGCAGAAGCUGAAGCUGGAUCCAGGUCAGGCCUCUGCGAUGAUCCAGGUCAUCAUGGACAUCACUGGCAUCAUGAUCACCUGCCUCCUCGGAUACCAGAUGGCUCCCGUGCAGCAGGUGCGUUCGAUGCUCGGUGUCUUCGUCAUUAUCGUCUUUGUCUUUGGUGUCCAAUCGCAAUUGAUCAGCCUCCUGCUCUGUUUCGCUUGGGUGGCCUCGCAGCAUGAGCCAUGCUGCUGGCUACAAGCUGCGUCGGAGACCUGGCAGGAGGCGAGAGAGGUCUUCAUUGCAGAGCUGACGACGCGUUCGCUGCCCGAAGGCAGAGCGGGCGAUGUGGCAGCUGGCAAGGUUUGGUUCAACCUGGCCGUGGCGCAGCAGAGUCGGGGCGCCCCGGAUGCUGCGCUGCGGAGCUACGAGCGCGCACGAGGCCGGGAUCCGGAUCAUCGCGAUGCGCCGCUGAAUGAGGCCUUGCUUCUCGCCAAGCGCGCGACACCAGAGGCCGUCCGCCGUGCUCGCGGGUUGCUGAAGGCCGCGCUGAGCCUCGAUCCGCGUAGCCCGGGAGCUUGGUGGAAUCUUGGGCUGCUAGAAGCCUACGAAGGUGAUCCUGCGGCAAAUCAUACUCUUGACAAAGCUUUGGACGCCGUGCAGCAGCUCGGCUGGUCUCCUAGGCGGCUGGCCAUGGUGUAUGAGUCGAGUUUCUUCAAUCCGCAGCUGGCGGCAGAAAGCGAGCAUUUCGAGGCUUCUGUCCCUGCGCCUCUAGCGGCGGCCCUGGCAGCCUUUCGCCAGCUUCCAGGGGAGGCUCAGUGGCUCAAGACAUGGGGCGUUGAGACUGUGGAAACAUUUGGGCCGGACAUCACGGCGGCAGCCUACGGUGAGACGUUCUACGGCUCCUGGCAGGCCGUUAUGGACCAGCCUGCUGUUUCUGCUGCCUUGGGAGCAAAUGCCACGGCCGUCGUCCUGGGCUCUGCUCUCGGCUAUCUUUGCCUGUUCUUCCUCGCCAUCGACGUGCCAUGCACAGGCUGCUCGGCAUACAAGGCCGAAUAUGUGGCAGUUUGCAAGCGCAUCUUUGUCAAAGGAAGAACGGUUCUUUCCAAGCACGGCCUUGCAGAGGCACCCGUGGACUUUCAGGCACACGGGCGGAAGCAUCAGAAGCAUCGGGGCAGCGCCACUGGGAAUGAGGAGUGGGUCUCCAUCCCCAACGAGGUCCUCCCCGCCGAGAUCAUGAAUCGCUUUGCCGAAGCCAAGGCCGAAUGCCACAAGGCCCAAGAACGGGUGACGGAGCGUCUUCGAGAUGCAUUCGGCGCAGACUCCGUCCAGGACUUCGAGCACGGGACGUGCUCUGGACGAGGCUACGGAGCGGUGCAGGUCAAGGCAACAUUGCCGGGCGAAUGUCUCCUGGUGAUCUGCUGUGUUGUCAUAGCAACGAAGACUGAUCCACCCGGUGGCCCGGGUUCAAGGGACUCUUUGGUUGGCUACCAGAUCCGACUGGAGAAGAAGGUCUCUAGCUCCACGCGCCUGCUUUUCUGCACUGUGGGAGUUCUGCUCCGACAGCUGCAGCAGGGCCUCGGAGCUCUGGCCAAGGUCACCCACAUCUUCAUCGAUGAGGUCCACGAGCGAAGUGCGGACUGCGACCUUCUGAUGCUCCUUCUGCGUCAGGUUCGUGGAAGUCGGCCCGAUCUUUGCUUGGUUUUGAUGAGUGCCACGAUGGAGAGUGAGAAGCUGGUCCGAUACUUUGGAAGCCCGAGCUCGGUCCCCGUCCUCUCCAUUCCCGGCCGAACCUUUCCGGUUCAGCAGUUCUGGCUCGAAGAUGCGGUGCAGAUGACAGGCUAUCGCUGCGAAGAGGAGAGCGAGUUUGCAAAGAAGAGUUGGAAUCGAGGCUGGAACACUGAGAAGAAGACCUUCCAGGUAUCUGGUGACAAGGGCAAGACUCAGACCCUCACGGCUUACAUCGAUGAAGAGGAGGAAUGGGGCUGUGACGACGAAGCCGAGAUGUGUGAUCCGGACGUCUAUGAGGCUGAGACGAUGAGAGCUUUGUCCUACAUGGACCAUUCUCGCAUCAACUACGACCUCAUUGAACUUCUCCUGGAAUACAUCGAGGGCUCAGACCAGUUCUCCGGCGUGGUGCGCCACGAAGGGGCGAUCCUCGUCUUCCUGCCUGGCAUGAUGGAGAUCACGAAGAUGCACGAGCGGCUCCGAAGCAACUCGCUCUUCAGCGAUCCGAGCACCUGCUUGGUCCUCACGCUCCACAGCAUGCUGAGUGGCGAGGAUCAUGCGAAGGUCUUUGACCCUCCUCGGCCCGGUGUGAGGAAGAUCGUCCUAAGUACCAACAUCGCCGAAACCGGCGUGACAAUUCCGGAUGUCGUCUUCGUCGUGGAUGCCGGGAAGGUAAAAUGCCAGCGAUACCACGAGCCCUCCAACACGUCCUCCUUGAAAGAGCAGUUCAUCUCGAAAGCUGAGGUGCUGCAGAGAAGAGGACGUGCUGGCCGCGUUCGUGCUGGAUUUGGCUUUACGCUUCUGACGAAGAGCCGCUUCAACAUGAGGCUGCAGGAGAUGCCCACGCCGGAGAUCCUCCGAUGCUCUCUGAUGGAGCUGAUGCUCUCUGUUUUGAGCUCCGGUCUUCAACCGAACUCGUUCACCGAGGCGCUAGAUCCGCCUCCCAAGUCCCGAAUCGACCAGGCAGUGACGACACUUCGGUCGACGGGGGCUGUCGAAGAGGGGGUCAGACCCCCGGAUGCCCCGCGCUGGAGCCGCGACGAGGACGAUGCAUGGUACGUGAUCACGCCGGUAGGCAAGGAGCUCAGUUGCAUGGUACAGUUCAUUUUGGGCAUUUGGCACCUGCAGUGCUUGCAGCACAAGCGCGUUCGGUCGGCUGAGUUUCGAGCGAUCCCGGCGCUGGUGAGGGCCAAGGAGGCCGGUCUCCGAGCAAGUCCAAAGCUCCAUGAGCCCAAUACCCCUCCACCUAGUGCCUACUCGUGUACCGACUGUGUCCGCUUCGACGACGGCGGUGUUGAAGAGGUGGUUAUCAAUGUCGAGGAUGUUCCCAGUAAGUUGGCAUACGCGGCCACCGGUAGCAGCAUUCCCGAGAGUCUGCAAGGCAUCUGGUGGCUGGACCAGGAUGGCUACGGAGCUGAGAAGGGCCUCGCUGGAGAGAACUACCCCUACGACUUCUACCCAGUGGGCGAGUAUGCCAUCGGCUUCGGCGAUAAGGCAGCCUGGCAGCCGGACACACUCUGCUUGACCCCCAUCUACUUCUGGGGGGGCACCCGUGGCCAUUGGGCAGGCGCCAACUUCGGCAAUGGUACUACUUGCUGCGGCUCCAACAUUGCAACGCGGUUAACGUUGUCACUCUGCGCCACUGAUGACAGCCUGCAGGUGUUCGACAUUUGGACGAGGCUGGUAAUUCCAUCAGUUCUGGCGCCGGUGGCAUCCAGCCUGGGUUUCGAAUACGCUGGGUCGGACUACUGGUGGAUACCCAAGGGCCUGAUCCAUCUGACGAUGGUGAAAAAGCCGUGGGGCUGGGAUCGCGUGAACACUGCUGCGGCUGACUGGACCCGGACGAAGAGGGAAGAGCUGGACUCGCUGCUGCGCUUCUUGCCUUCCCAGCUAACGUCGCUCCUGGAUGCCGCCAAUCGAACGCUGCACUAUCCGAUGUUCCAGCUUGUGGACGGCGAGGGCAAUCGAACGGAAUACUGGGACCACUUCGUCGACUUUACGCAGAUCAAGAGCACGCAGAAUGCUGUUCCGGGAACUUUGGUGGUGCGCCAGCGCACAGCUCCACCAGAAGGAUUCACGAAGUUCCGGUGA